AUGCAACCUAUGGUCAUGCAGGGAUGCCCUUACACCCUCCCACGAUGUCAUGAGUGGCGGGCAGCUGACCACUUCCAUCACAGCAGCAGCCUCCGAAGCACCUGCCCCCAGCCUCAGGUUAGAGCUGCUGCCACCACCCCUGCGCCUCCUCACGAUGGUGCUGGGGUGCCCUACCUAAGCCCAAAGCUAUUCAACGGGUCUGUUGGUGCCGCUGGACCCCUGGAACCACCAGCCAUGAACCUGUGUUGGAAUGAAAUCAAAAAGAAGUCGCACAGCCUCCGCGCCCGCCUAGAGGCCUUCUCAGAUCACAGUGGAAAGCUUCAGCUCCCUCUCCAAGAGAUUAUUGACUGGCUCAGCCAAAAGGAUGAGGAAUUGUCAGCUCAGCUGCCCCUACAAGGGGAUGUGGCCCUGGUGCAACAGGAGAAGGAGACGCACGCGGCCUUUAUGGAAGAUGUCAAGUCUCGGGGCCCCUAUAUCUACUCUGUGUUGGAGUCAGCUCAGGCCUUCCUGUCCCAGCACCCAUUUGAUGAAUUAGAGGAUCCUCGCUCUGAGAGCAAAGAUACCUCUCCCAGACAGCGGAUCCAGAAUCUUAGCCGCUUUGUGUGGAAGCAGGCAACGGUGGCCAGUGAACUAUGGGAGAAGCUGACAGCCCGCUGCGUGGACCAGCACCGCCACAUUGAGCGCACUCUGGAGCAGCUGUUGGAGAUCCAAGGGGCAAUGGAGGAAUUAAGUGCGACUCUGACUCAGGCCGAGGGAGUCCGAGCCACUUGGGAGCCCAUUGGGGAUCUCUUCAUUGAUUCACUUCCUGAGCACAUCCAGGCUCUUAAGCUAUUCAAAGAAGAAUUCUUCCCCAUGAAAGAUGGAGUGAAGUUGGUGAAUGAUCUGGCCCAUCAACUUGCCAUUUCUGAUGUGCACUUGUCAAUGGAGAACUCCCGGGCCCUGGAGCAGAUCAACAUCCGGUGGAAACAGCUACAGGUGUCAGUUGGUGAGAGACUUAAGCAGCUCCAGGAUGCCCACCGGGACUUUGGGCCUGGGUCACAGCACUUCCUCUCCUCCUCUGUUCAGGUUCCUUGGGAAAGAGCAAUUUCACCCAAUAAAGUUCCCUACUAUAUCAACCACCAGGCUCAGACCACAUGCUGGGACCAUCCCAAGAUGACUGAGUUAUACCAAACCCUAGCUGAUCUGAACAACAUUAAGUUCUCAGCUUACCGCACUGCCAUGAAGCUACGCAGAGUCCAGAAGGCACUGCGUCUGGACCUGGUAACUUUAACCACAGCCCUGGAGAUCUUCAAUGAGCAUGAUCUGCAGGCCAGUGAGCAUGUAAUGGAUGUGGUGGAGGUCAUUCACUGCCUGACUGCCUUAUAUGAACGGCUGGAGGAGGAAAGAGGCAUCCUGGUCAACGUGCCACUCUGUGUGGACAUGAGCCUCAACUGGCUCCUCAAUGUUUUUGAUAGUGGUCGCAGUGGAAAGAUGCGGGCAUUGUCCUUUAAGACUGGCAUCGCAUGCCUGUGUGGCACAGAAGUGAAGGAAAAACUGCAGUACCUCUUCAGCCAAGUGGCCAACUCAGGCAGCCAGUGUGACCAACGCCACCUUGGUGUCCUGCUUCAUGAGGCCAUUCAGGUGCCCCGUCAGCUGGGGGAAGUGGCGGCCUUUGGGGGCAGCAACGUGGAGCCCAGCGUCCGUAGUUGCUUCCGUUUUAGCACUGGGAAGCCAGUCAUUGAAGCUUCACAGUUCCUGGAAUGGGUCAACUUGGAGCCCCAGUCCAUGGUGUGGCUGGCUGUUCUGCAUCGGGUCACCAUUGCUGAACAAGUGAAGCAUCAGACCAAGUGCUCUAUCUGUAGGCAGUGCCCCAUCAAAGGCUUCAGGUACCGGAGUCUGAAACAAUUUAACGUGGACAUCUGCCAGACCUGCUUCCUGACAGGCAGGGCCAGCAAGGGCAACAAGCUUCAUUAUCCCAUCAUGGAGUAUUACACCCCGACCACAUCCAGUGAGAACAUGAGGGACUUUGCCACUACCUUAAAGAACAAAUUCCGCUCAAAGCAUUAUUUCAGCAAACACCCUCAGCGAGGUUAUCUGCCUGUGCAAUCAGUGCUGGAGGCCGACUACAGUGAGACGCCUGCUUCUUCUCCGAUGUUGCCACACGCUGACACACACUCCCGCAUUGAGCAUUUUGCCAGCAGGCUUGCUGAGAUGGAAAGUCAAAAUUGCUCCUUCUUUAAUGACAGCCUGUCCCCAGACGACAGCAUAGACGAGGACCAGUACUUGCUGCGGCACUCCAGCCCCAUUACAGACCGGGAGCCAGCCUUUGGACAGCAGGCUCCGUGCAGCAUGGUCACUGAAAGCAAAGGGGAGCUCGAAAAGAUCCUGGCCCACUUAGAGGAUGAGAACCGGAUUCUCCAGGGGGAGCUGAGGCGCCUGAAGUGGCAGCAUGAGGAGGCUGCUGAGGCACCCACCCUGGCUGAGGGCUCUGCCGAGGUGGCACAGGACCACCGCAAUGAGGAGCUGCUGGCUGAGGCCCGGAUCCUUCGGCAGCACAAGAGCCGCCUGGAGACACGCAUGCAGAUUCUUGAAGACCACAACAAGCAACUCGAGUCCCAGCUGCAGCGCUUAAGGGAGCUGCUCCUGCAACCACAUACUGAAUCGGAUGGCAAUGGCUCUGCAGGCUCGUCCCUGGCUUCCUCUCCGCAGCAGUCAGAAGGCAGUCACCCCCAGGAGAAGGGACAGACUACUCCAGACACUCAAGCUGCAGAUGAUGUGGGGUCAAAGAGCCAAGAUGUCAGCCUGUGCUUGGAAGACAUUAUGGAGAAGCUCCGCCAUGCCUUCCCCAGUGUGCGAAGUUCUGAUGUGACUACCAACACUCUGCUGGCCUCCUGA